AUGGACGACGAGCAUAACGCAUACGAAAUCGAAAGGCAAAAGACGAUCGCAGAGAACCGCGCCCUCCUCGACUCCCUAGGCCUCGACCCCUCCUCCCGCUCCCCCUUCCCCUCCUCCUCCCCCGCCCCUACCUCCCACCCAAACAAAUCCAAACCCGCCAAACCCGCCGCCGCAAAGAAACGCAAAGCCCCCGACAGCGCCCCAGCCGACGACGACGGCCCAAGGCGGAGGAGCGGCCGUUUGAGGGGGAUGGAGGCGGAUGGUGAGGAGAUGAAGGUGAAGCUUGAGGAGGAGGAGAGGGAGAGGGAGGUUUUGAGGGUUGUUAAUAGGAGGGAGAGGGAGCAGGUUAUGGGGGUUGGGAGUAUGGUGGAAGAGGGGACGGAGGGGGAGGUUAAGGAGCUGGAGAGUUUUUUGAAGGAUAAGUCUGCUCUUGAGAAUCCGAGACCAUAUCCAUCGGGGAAAGAAUCCGACUCAGACGCCUAUGCCGACUCCAGUACUACGUCUGAUGACACCCAACGUCUCCGCGAGGCAUUCAGCGAUAUGAGUCUCAAGGCGAACGUCAAGGUCACAAACGAGCGCGUAUUUAGCAUGUGUGUGCACCCCGAAAAGAGAAAGACGAUCGUCUUUGUAGGCGACAAGUACGGUGGUUUAGGGAUUUGGGAUGCUCUGGGACCGGCGGCGGCGAAAGCUGAGAAUGACGACGAUACGAAUGGUGUCAAGGAUGAGGAGGAAAGUCAGGAAGGACGGGUCUGGAGGAUCCAGGCGCAUGCGAAGAAUUCGAUCUCGUGCAUGAAGGUUGACCCCGUCAACGGUUCAGGUCUCUUUACAUCAGCAUACGACUGCUCCCUCCGCCAUCUCGACUUUUCCACCCUCCAAUCCACCGAACUCUUCCGUCUCCCCGACGAAGACCUGCUCAUCAACCACUUCGACCUCGUCCCCUCCGGCCAAGAAGCAUGGAUGGUGGACAAGAACGGCGGUUUGAGCCACUGCGAUUUCCGGCAGAAGCAUAAUCAGAGUGGGAGGAAGAGGUGGGUUUUGCAAGAUGAAGGCCGAGGGGCAAAGCUGGGAGGUGUUAGUGUCAAUCCUGCGAUGCCGCAUUUGAUCUGUACGGCGGGGAAUGAUCAACAUGUUCGCAUAUGGGAUACUCGUCUUUUGGCCGAUAUCCCCUUCGCGGCCACUACGAUUGAUGAAUCCAAGCCGCCGACGCCGCCUCCAUCUGCCCUACUUCGAACAGAGCCCGUGGGAGUAUCAGACUAUGACGCCGUGUCCACAUUCAUGGGUACGAAGCCUGGGAAGGGGUUGAUGCGGGGCAAGUGGCAGCAUGGCAAGAGCUGUAGCAGUGCCUAUUGGGAUCCGUGGGGCCGACGUCUUUUGACGACGAGUUACGACGACACCCUCAGACUCUUCAACCUCUCCCCCUCCACCCUCUCCUCCCCAACCCCAAUCCCCUCCUCCCUCCUGAAACCCACCAAAUCCAUCCGCCACAACUGCCAAACCGGCCGCUGGCUCACCAUCCUCCGCGCCCAAUGGUCCACCUCUCUCUCCGCCCCCCCGCACUUUACAGUCGGCAACAUGAAGCGCACUUUAGACGUCGUCAGCGGGGUGAGCGGGGAGCGGGUGGUGGCGCUGUGGGCGGAGGGGGUUACCGCGGUGCCGAGUGUGACGGCGAGUCAUCCGGGGGUGGUGGAUCGGGUUGUGGGGGGGAAUACGAGUGGUAGGGUGCAGCUUUGGAGUAGUGGGGAUGGUAUUUAUGAGCAAUGA